AUGGAGCAUCCCUCGCCGGACAGCGACUCGCUGUUGGGUCCCGGCGCCACCCUGCGGCGGCUGAUGGGCCUCUGGCAGCCGAGAGGUCGUGCUGCCCGCCUCCUCAACGGACUGCUCGCUUGUAUGACGCUCGCCUGCAUCACAUUUCUGGCGCUGUGUGUGGUCCUCAGGCUGUAUAUGGACCCUCCGGAAGAACUCGAGCAGAUCACGCUGUGCUGCCUCGUCGCUUCUAUCUGCGUUGGUUUUUUUUGCAAGGCGUCCCUCUUCAUGGCACAGGGCGGCACGCUGCGACAGACGGUGGGACUCCUGGAGGACAUCAGGCUGCAGUUCUGCCGGGGAGACAACAACCAACUGACGCGCCACCGGUACCACAAGCUUUCAAACAACGUUUACUGCUACUGUCAGAUGGUGGCGAUACCGGCGGUAAUUGGUUGGGUCCUUUGCCCACUGCUGUCCCGCAUCAUCACUAAGACCGACCCGGACCAGCAAGAGCCUCAGCGGCAGUUGCCAGUUCCAGCCUGGUUACCUGCUGACAUCUACGCAUCACCAACAUUUGAGUUACUGUAUGUCGCCCAAUCCUUCUCUGUUAUGGUUAUAACUGAGUCUUGCCUGAGCAUAGACGUUUUCUUUGUUCAUAUGAUGUUGAUGGUAGCAGCGGAGCUUGAAGUUCUGAAUGACAACCUUUCAGCCAUGGAAUUCAUUAAUUUGCAAACGACGAGAACUGAGGGAGAAGGAUUUAUUGACAGACGUAAAAGAAAUGGCAGACGAUUAACAUUACUUAACAGUGGCCAAAACCUUGGUGAACAAACUUUGACAACUAACUCGGCACUUGAGGGGCUUCACCAGCAAUUGGUGAAAAAUGUGCAUCACCAUCAAGCAAUCCUAAGAUUUGUGUCUCUGCUGCAGUCAGCAAUGAAUGUGUCAAUAUUCAGUCUCUUAUUCGUCAACAUGGCAAACCUCUGCUCCAGCUUAUUUGUCGCAGGCGUACUGCUGCAGAAAGAGGGAAACAUAGGAAAAGCGCUGAAUGCGUUUUUCUCAAUACCUGCUCUUCUGUACGAAACUGUGAUUUAUUGCAUUUAUGGACACAUCAUGACCGACCAGAGCGAGAGGCUGGUCUACUCCGCUUUCAGCAGCGGCUGGGUCGAUGGUGACGCUCGUUUCAAACGUAGCAUGGUCAUCUUCAUGAUGGUUACUGUGCGUCCGAUGGCGAUAACGGUGGGCAAGACGUGCAAGCUGUCCAAGCAGAUGUUGCUUCAGGUCUUGAACGGAACGUAUGGUUUAUUGAAUAUGCUGUAUCACGUGCAUAGAAGCGAAUGA